UGAAAAAUACCAGUCUUUCGGAACAGCUGAUUAACCUCCGCUGACCAACACUGUUUCCGGCCGCCGAUAACGCUCAAUACUGGAGGUUGGCAACUCUAUUGAUAACAACCAAAGCGUGCGAUUGCAAUUUGCGCGUAAAUAAACAACUUUUGCAAUCAUGUUUGAUGUGGAGCCGAUUAUAGCAGACCAUAAGGACGUUAUUCAUGAUGUGGUAUUCGACUACUAUGGCCGGCGCAUGGCCACCUGUUCCAGCGAUCAGACAGUGAAGAUCUGGGACGAGGACGGUCAGGGAAAAUGGAGCGUGACCAGCAGCUGGAAGGCCCACUCCGGAUCAAUAUGGCGCGUCUCAUGGGCGCAUCCUGAAUUCGGGCAAGUGGUGGCCACCUGUUCGUUCGACCGCACAGCUUCUGUGUGGGAGGAAGUCAUAGGCGAGAAGGUCUCAUCCACAAAUGCUCCAACAAGGAGGUGGGUGCGCCGUACCACUCUGGUAGAUUCCCGCACCAGCGUUACCGAUGUGGAGUUCGCCCCCAAAUACCUAGGCCUUGUGCUCGCUACUGCUUCCGCCGACGGCAUUAUCCGGAUUUACGAGGCACCCGACAUCAUGAACCUCUCACAGUGGCCCGUACAGCACGAGAUAGCCAACAAGCUGCCCCUGAGCUGCCUCUCUUGGAAUACUUCCACCUAUAUGGUCACCCAGCUGCUGGCGGCGGGCAGUGAUGAGUCCGCAACGCCCACUGGAAAAGUUUUCAUAUUCGCCUACAGUGAAAACGCUCGGAAAUGCGUUAAAAUUGAGACUGUAAAUGACAUAACCGAUCCAGUCACGGAUGUGGCCUUUGCCCCCAAUGCUGGUCGCACCUUCCACAUGCUGGCUGUGGCUAGCAAGGACCUCUACAUCGUGAACCUCCGCGGCAUUAUGGACACGACUGGCAACUCGAAGCUGGACAUCCAGACAGUCAAGUUCAGCGAACACAACUGCCCCGUGUGGCGCGUCUGCUGGAAUAUGUUGGCCACAAUGCUGAUAUCAACAGGUGAUGAUGGUUGUGUGCGACUGUGGCGGAUGAACUACAAUAAGCAGUGGCGCUGCGCAGCCGUACUGAAGGCGGAGGGCACCGGCCCCACUUACGAGCCAGCUCCACCUACCCCCACGCUGGCCACCACUGCCUCGGCCACGGCCAAGUUCUACAAAAAGGGCACUAUUGGCAACCAAGUGCCUUGGCACUGAUGUGCAACCUGUUAUUUUAAUUUAAACUUCCGAAUAAAGUCUUAAUAUAAAAGUA